AUGCAAGCAAUUUGUGUGUUUGGUCUACUGUUCUUGGCUGCCGUCUAUGGGAUCAGUGUGCGGCCUGAUCAGAAAAUCGCGGUAAAAGGCCGGCUGAAGUGCGAUGGAAAGCCGGCGGAGGGAAUUGUAAGUGGUUUUGAGAUGUGCAAAAUGAAGAUAAAAGAUCAAAAAAAAUUUUUUUUUGUAAGUACAGGGUAUACCAAUUUGGUAGCCCGAUUUGAAUUGGCUAUAACUUCUUUAAUUUUGGGCCAAAUUUUAAAACUCUUUUUUCCCUGAAUCCUCAGACAUCCACAUUUUGUUUAACACCAAAUAUGUGGCAGGAGUACAGAAAUCUCGCCAUAUUCGUCGUAAAGAACAAAAGACCUCAAAAAAUGCCGAAAAUCAGUCGUAUCUUGUGAACGGUACAGAUAGUUGUGCCAAGCCUAGGUUCAUAAGGUUUAGAAUUUUGUGUAGAAUAGUUUGGAAUCAAAAAACCCAAAGCAAAUCCGCUCCUAAGGAGUGAAACCCGGAGGGCACAGAUAUGAAAAUUUUGAAAAUCCGCAAAGUCGGGGAAAAGGGUUGGCCCUAAACAAAGAUGAAAUUUAAUCUAAGUUUCGCAGUAUAAGUUUUUUUGGUCCAACAUGUUGCAACAAAACAUUCCAUUUUUAGGGCCGGCAAUUUUAUAACAACCGAAAACAGUGAAAGAAAGUAUUAGUUUUUCGUUGUUUGUUACUUUUUACUGUAGUUUACUAAAAAGGUAUGUUAUAUUUGGUAUUAAACAAAAUGGGGAUGUCUGUGAGGAUUCAAGGAAAAAAAGAAUCUUAAAAUUUGGCCCAAAAUUAAUGAAGUUAUAGUCAAUUCAAAUCGGGCCACCAAAUUGGUACACCCUGUAAAAAAACACGACCCAUCUAACCAGUGAAGUGACCAAUUUCACCGGUUUUAUGACUUAUUGAGUCCGUAAAAUGACCAAUAUGGCCCGUCAUGUUGGCCAAUUUGACCUGACAUUUGUUCGACUAGAGUCAAAAUUUUUCAACUCAACAAAUAACACGACCAAUUUGACCGGUAAGGAUGCCCAUUUUGACCCGCAAAGUGACCAAAGUGACCGGCCCAAAGAAAUUUUUUCUGUUAUUUUUUUUUUGAUAAAAAGAAUUUAAGAGAAUAAAGUUCCGUAUUUUACAACACCUCUAAUUGCCCGAUAUCCUUCAGAAAGUCAAGUUAUACGACCAUGACACCUUCACCUUGGACGAUUUGAUCGGCGAGACCAAAACCGGCAAGGACGGAGCUUUUGAGAUCAGCGGCGAUGCCCACGAAAUCACUAACAUCACGCCGAAAAUCAAUGUGUAAGUUUAGGUUUUCAUUUUACAAAAUUUUUUUUAGUUUUUAUUUUUAUUUUAAAUUUUUUUCAGAUACCACAAAUGUGACAAAGUGAUCCCAAUUUGCGACAUCAAGUUCUCCAUCGAAGUCCCAAAGAAGUACAUUGAGAAGGGAGAGGCUUUCGAUGCCGGAGAAUUGAAUUUGGAGGGCAAAUUUGAGGGCCAAAGCACCGAUUGUCUCAAUUAA